AAACUCAGUGGAUGCAAAAUCCAUUAAAGAUUUAGAAACAAAGAUCAUAAUGGAAGCAAAUCAAUGGGCUCCAGAAUAUCCUUUGAAAACAAAUACAAAAUGGAUUAUCCUGAAAUGGGUUUAUGUAUAAUAAUUAAUAAGAAGAACUUUCAUAGAAGCACUGGAAUAUCAGCUCGGUCUGGUACAGAUAUAGAUGCAGCAAACCUCAGAGAAACAUUUAUGAACUUGAAAUAUGAAGUAAGGAAUAAAAAUGAUCUUACACAUGAAGAAAUUGUGGAAUUGAUGUGCACUGUUUCUAGAGAAGAUCAUAGCAAAAGGAGCAGCUUUAUUUGUGUAAUUCUAAGAAUAAUUGUGGGAACAAAUGGACCUAUUGACCUGAAAAUAUUAACAAAAUUCUUCAAAGGGGAUCUUUGUAGAAGUCUAGCUGGAAAACCCAAACUUUUCAUUAUUCAGGUUACUAUUCCUGGCGAAAUUCAAAGGAUGGAUCCUGGUUCACUCAGUCACUUUGUGCUAUGCUGA